AUGGACGAGUCCAGACAGGGCCUCCUCCAACCCGAGAGAGAGGCCCGGAGCUCUUCUGAGGGCAGCGAAAACGAUCACGAAUCCGAUCUCGACGUCACCGAAUACCUGAGCUCCGAUGCAGAACUCCAGCGCAAUUCAUUCUUUCUGCUUCGAUGGCGCCAAGCCUGCCUUCCUCGACGAUGGGUCCGAUCCCGACACUGUCUCGUCGCUCUGAUCUCGUCUACGGUCUUGAUUGCCGUCUUCGCUAUUGUCGGUGGAUUCGCAUACAAAAAGGUUGCGGUAGAGCCAGAGUACGGACUGUCGCCACCUUGGUACCCCAGCCCCAAAGGAGGAACGGCCAGGUCGUGGGCAGCGAGCUACCAAAAGGCAUCCGAAAUGGUCCGCCGUAUGACGCUUGCCGAGAAGGUCAACAUCACAACCGGCACCGGCUGGGAGAUGGGCCUGGCCGUCGGUACAAAUGGCCCUGCGGUCAACGUUGGCUUUCCCCAGUUGAAUCUUCAAGACGGGCCUCUCGGCCUCCGGUUCGCAGACAAUGCGACGGCACUGCCGGCCGGCAUCGCGGUGGGGGCCACAUGGAACAAGCAGCUCAUGUACUUGCACGGCAAGGUCCAUGCUGAAGAGGCCCGCGGAAAGGGCAUCAAUGCCAUCCUGGGUCCGUGUGUCGGCCCGCUGGGUCGAUUGCCAGCCGGUGGCCGGAACUGGGAAGGCUUUGGCUCCGAUCCCUACCUGCAGGGCGUGGCUGGUGCCCAGACGAUCCUCGGCAUCCAGAGUCAGGGCAUCAUGGCCACGAUCAAGCACUUUAUCGCCAACGAGCAGGAACACUUUCGGCAACCGUGGGAAUGGGGCCUGCCUAACGCUCUGAGCUCCAACAUUGAUGACCGGGACUUGCAUGAGGUGUAUGCUUGGCCUUUUGGCGAUGCCGUCAAAGCCGGAGUUGUCAGUGUCAUGUGCAGCUACAACAUGGUCAAUAACAGCUACGCAUGUGGAAACUCGAAGCUGCUGAAUGGCAUCCUAAAAGACGAGAUGGGCUUCCAAGGGUUCGUCAUGUCUGACUGGCUUGCCCAACGUUCUGGCGUCUCGACCGCUUUGGCUGGCCUCGACAUGACCAUGCCUGGCGACGGUCUCGGCUGGCAGAAUGGCCAGUCUUUGUGGGGCCCAGAACUGACGCGAUCUGUUCUGAACGAGUCUGUCCCGGUCGACCGUCUCAACGACAUGGUCACCCGCAUUGUUGCGGCAUGGUACCAGAUGGGCCAGGAUGCACCGUCUUUUUUCGAUGGCGAGGGGCCCAACUUCUCAUCCUGGACAGACAAACAAAUGGACAAGCCGUUUCCGGGCAGUCCGUCGCCUCAGACGCUGGUCGAGGUCAACAAGUUUGUCAAUGUCCAGGGCAACCAUUCCAUCGUCGCUCGCCGCGUUGCCGCAGAAGGCAUCGUGUUGCUGAAAAACACAGACGGCUACCUACCUCUGGGUGUCGACGGUGUUUCGUCUUCCCAGCACCACGUGGUCAAAACGAAGCAUAGAUCAAACUCCACAGCUGCCGGCGCAGCCAAGGUGAAAAUUGGCAUAUUCGGCGAAGACGCCGGGAGUGGUCAAGGACCCAAUGCCUGCGUUGACCGUGGCUGCAACCAGGGAACGCUUGGGUCUGGCUGGGGCUCUGGUGCUGUCAACUUCCCGUUUUUGGUCCCUCCUGUCGACGCUCUUCAUGCGGCCUUUGACAAGGAAAAGGUUGACCUUCAACAGCACCUGAUCAACAAACCCAAACCCGAGACAUACGCCGAUAUGGACGUGUGUAUCGUCUUUGCCAACGCCGAUGCAGGCGAGGGCUACAUCUCCUCGGGAGGUAUUGCUGGCGACCGCAACGACCUCCUCCUGCAAAACGGAGGUGACGACUUGGUUUAUGCCGUGGCAAACGGCUGUGGCCAUGGAAGUGGGAAAGUUGUCGUCGUUAUCCAUGCCGUUGGGCCGGUGCUGGUCGAGCGGUGGAUUGACCUGCCCAACGUCAAGGCCGUGCUGCACGCCCACCUACCCGGCCAAGAAAGCGGAAACGCCAUUGCAGACGUGUUGUUUGGGCUCGUCAACCCCAGCGGCAAGCUUCCCUACACCAUCGGCCGGUCCUUCGAUGAUUACGGGGCAGGCUCCAAACUCAUGUACACGCCAAACGGAGUGUUGCCACAGCAAAAGCUGGACGGAGACAUUGACUACCGCUAUUUCGACAAAAAUAACAUCAGCCCACGAUUUGAGUUCGGGUUCGGUCUUUCGUAUACGACGUUCGAAGUCGGCAACUUGACUGUGCACGGGCUGAAGCCAAAGAGCCCUCUUCCAGCUCCUCGGCCGUCCUCGGCCGUGUCGGUACCAGAAUACGACAACAGCCUUCCUGACAAAAAGGAAGCCCUUUUCCCAUCUGGGUUUCGGAAGCUGGCAAAGUAUGUCUAUCCUUACUUGGACUCUGUAGACGACAUUGUGGUUCAGCCAUACCCAUACCCCAAGGGCUACCACGAUACCCAGCUCCUAUCAGGUGCCGGUGGUGACGAGGGUGGAAACCCUGAUUUAUGGGAAACGUAUGUCACGGUCACCGUUGAUGUGCAUAACACCGGUCCUCUCUCUGGACAAGCCGUGGUGCAACUGUACCUGGCUUAUCCGCAAAACGCUGCCUAUGCUGCCGGUGUUGCAUUUCCCGUGAAGGUAUUACGCGGCUUUGAAAAAGUGCAGCUUGAUGGAUCCACAACGCAGUCGGUGGCCUUCAAUUUGACCAGACGUGACCUCAGCUACUGGGAUAUACAUCGACAAAAUUGGGCCAUGUUGACUGAUGGCCAAUAUGGGUUUUUAGUUGGACAAAGCUCUCGGGAUCUUCCUCUGAAGGGCAGUUGGUAA